AUGAGACUCUUCUUCUUCAGCAACAAAUUCCCCCCAGAUGACCUGCAGGAACUCUUUCGGCGUUUACGCUUGUACUCUCAAUCUCCAGAACAUGUCGUGUUGCGUCGACUUCUCGACGAGACGACCCAGGUCGUUCGAGAGGAGAUCCGCCGCCUGCCCGCGGAAUUGAGAAGUCUUAUCCCACCAUUCCAGUCAAUUCUGGACCUCGCAGAAAGUCACAACUGGCACAAGGGACCGCUCUGCGGAACGUUCGAAUGCAUCUUCUUAUGUUUGAUUCCGCUAUGUCUUUUCGUUGGCAACUACGAGAGCCGGCCCGAGAGAUUCGGUUUCCAUGCCCAGGACUCGCUCUUUACCGGUCUAGGUCUGGGCUUCCUGGCCGCCACAGCAAUCGUUGCCUCCCCUUCCUUGUUGGAUGUCCCCGUCACUGCGGCUGAGGUCAUUCGCGUCGCCAUGAGAGCCGGCAUUCUUUUGUACCAAAAAUCGCAGGACAUCGAGCCGCAGUCCGUCAAAAGUCCCCUAGAGAGCUGGGCCACGCUUGUGAAGGGCCUUGAUGAGGAGACGGUGCAAGAGGAGCUGGAGAUGUUCAACACGUCUACGGGCUCCCCACAGUGCAGCAAGGUAUAUAUCAGCGUCGUCGAACCGGAUGGCAGUGUCUUUGUGAACGGUCCACCAUCUCGACUGCGCCAAUUCUUCAACACACCGGGGAAGGUACAAUCGGCUCCAAGAGCGCCAUUACCCGUGUAUGGCGGCCCCUGCCACGCUGCCCACCUGUACGACAGGACACACAGUACGUGGAUUGUCAGUGAAAUGCGCCCUAGUGUCGCUAGUCGCAGACCCACAAACGCAGCCUAUGUGCUGUCAAUGGGCGAUGGUCGACCAUUGAAAGGCGAGACUGUGCAGGAGCUGCUAGAGUCAGCUACGCACGUCCUUCUGACGAGCGUCAUUCGCUGGGGCAGUGUCCUUCAUGCUGCCGCAAAGUUCCCUUACUGGAGGGACGAUAUGGAGCUGCAACUUGAGACAUUCCGGCCGUCCACCCCAGUCGUUCACGGUUUGCUCUCGAGUGUCCAAACAGCAUUUCCUGAAUGUACUGUUGGCGUGGAAGACCUUGUAGAGUGGAUAUUCGACAACCGUAAUAUUCCAUCUUUAACAGCCAAUGACACGAAAAUCGCUGUCGUAGGCAUGUCCUGUCGGUUGCCUGGAGGCGCGGAUGAUCUGCAGCGGUUCUGGGAGCUGCUCGAGGAUGGGCGGGAUGUACAUCAGAAGGUCCCAGCGGACCGAUACGACGUGGAUAGCCAUACUGAUGUAACUGGGAAACGACUUAACACCAGCCACACUCCCUUCGGAUGCUUUAUUGACAGCCCUGGACUCUUCGACGCCGGCUUUUUCGACAUGUCUCCCCGUGAGGCCGGACAGACAGACCCCACUCAUCGCCUAGCAUUACUUACCGCAUAUGAGGCUCUUGAGCAGUCCGGCUAUGUGCCUGAUCGGACCCGUUCAACCACCCGAGACCGCGUGGGAACUAUUUACGGCCAGUGUUCGGAUGAUUAUCGUGAAGCGAAUGCCGGCCAGGACAUUGACAUGUACUUCAUCCCAGGAAAUUACCGAGCAUUUGCUCCGGGCCGGAUCAGCUAUUUCUUCAAGUUUUCUGGUCCAAGCUUCAACUGCGAUACAGCAUGCUCCGCCAGUUUGGCUUCUGUCCAAAUCGCCUGCGCAGCUUUGCUCCGCGGAGAGGCGGACAUGGUUGUUGCCGGUGGUCUGAACGUGCUCACAGGAUCCGACAGCUUCGCCGGCCUCAGUCGGGGCUUCUUCUUGUCCAAGACUGGGAACUGUCAGGUGUUUGACGAUGCCGCAGAUGGCUACUGUCGAGGUGACGGAAUCGGCUCUAUCAUUCUGAAGCGUCUGUCCGACGCAGAGGACGACAACGACAACAUCCUUGGGGUGAUUCUCGGCACGGCUACCAACCACUCCUCCCACGCCAUCUCCAUUACUCAUCCCCAUGCACCCACUCAAGAGCAACUUUUCCGCGCCGUCCUUACCCAGGCUGGCGUUCCGCCACAGGACGUGGACCUAGUUGAGAUGCAUGGUACUGGUACACAGGCCGGGGAUGCGGCCGAAAUUGAGUCCGUGACCCGGGUUUUCAGCCCAUGGGCCCCCCGUCGAACGCACCCAUUGCACAUCUCCUCUGUCAAAGCCAAUCUGGGCCACGGAGAGGCUGCAGCCGGUAUCACGGCGCUGAUGAAGGCACUAUUAAUCUUCCAGCAUAACGCAAUUCCCCAGCAUGUUGGCAUCAAGACAAAGUUAAACUCCAAGUUCCCCGAUCUGGAGCGAUUAAAUGUCAAGAUCCCCACAGAGACAGUUUUGUGGCCACAUGAUCCAGAGAGAAGGAGAUAUGUCAUGGUAAACAACUUCAGUGCGGCCGGAGGAAACACCAGUCUGCUGUUGCAAGAGCCCCCUGUACGUCCGGACCCCAGGGGGUCUACACAGUCGCGCUUCGUUGUAGGCGUAUCCGCCAAAAGCACAACUUCCCUGCGGCGCAAUCUUGAAGCGCUGAUCUCCUGGUUGGAAAGCAAUCCAUCUACGCAACUCGCAAGUCUUGCAUACACGACUACUGCACGUCGUAUGCAUCAUAAGUACCGCAUCGCCGUGCACGGCGCCUCGGUAAAUGAGAUCCUCGACUCCCUGCAGAAACGCUUGCCUAAGGUCGAUACCUGCCGGGCCGUGAAUAAGAUUACCUCCGUUGCCUUCGUAUUCUCAGGCCAAGGCAGCUUCUAUCUUGGUUUAGGCCGGCAGCUGUUCGAGGAGUAUCCCCCCUAUCGGGAGCAGCUCGAGCGUUUGGAGGAAAUCUGCCAUCAGCACGGUUUCGGCUCGAUACUUCCGGCUAUCAUGGGCACUGAAGACGACGACCUUGAACUCAGUGCGUUGAUCACCCAGCUUGCCACAGUGUGUGUCCAAAUUGCGCUCUGUCGCCUGUGGCGAAACCUUGGCGUAAAGCCUGCUGUAGUUGCCGGUGCCAGUCUGGGUGAGUAUGCCGCGCUGUAUGCGGCUGGAGCACUCUCGGCAAGCGACGUGAUCUUCUUGGUUGGCCAGCGGGCCUCGCUCAUGCAGGAUUUAUGCACCGCCAAUAGCCACGCAAUGCUUGCUGUCAAGGGCACCGUCGAGGAUGUGCGUCGUGUUUUGCAAAAUCAAAAAUACGAAGUGUCGUGUAUCAAUGGGCCGCUUAGCAUCACGAUUGCGGCAGCGGUUGAGGACAUUCCCAAGAUCCAGGAGACUUUGGCAUCACAUGGGUACCGCACCGUCAAGCUUAAUGUUCCCUACGCGUUUCACUCAUCUCAAAUGGAGCCCAUGCUGGACCGUUACGAGAAAAUCACCAAGGGUGUUGCGUUCCGAAAACUCAAAGUUCCCUUGAUAUCACCAACUUUGGCCGACGCGGUCGUGGAAAACGCCACCUUGACCACCGGGUCUUACCUGCGGGAUAAUACACGCGCGCCGGUCCGCUUCGCUGAAGCGCUUGCGAAGGCCCAGGAUAAGGGACUUGUCGGACCCAAGACUGUCUGGGUUGAAGUGGGUGUUCAUCCGACAUAUUCCGGUGCUGUGCGUGCCACCAUCCCAGAUCUUGAAUUGAUCGUCCCAAGCUUCCGGUCUGAUGAGAGCAAUUGGCACACGUUGGCUGCCGCCAUGUGCGGUCUGCAGGAGGCAGGCGUGCCACUUGACUGGAAUGAGUGGUACAGGCCCUUUGAGUCCGAGCUUCGAUUACUGGGCCUGCCAUCGUACCAAUGGAAUCUGAAGAAUCACUGGAUCCAGCAUAAUGGCGAUUGGUUGCUAGUAAAGGACAAAGCUUGCACACCUACCGUCCAGUCAUCAGCACCGUCAACUCUGCGCACCGCUCUGGUGCAUCAGCUUGUGGGGGAGGCAUUCGGGAUUGAUGGCGGAGAGAUCACCGUCCAGUCUGAUGUGGUGGACAAAGACUUUUAUGCAGUUGCGUCCGGACAUAAAAUGAGCGGGCGGCCCCUCGUCUCGGUAUUUGCCUACACCGACAUCGCAUUCACAAUGGCGAGAUAUAUGUAUUCCCGCCUCAAACCAGGUUCACCAUUCCCCGCCAUGGAUUUUGGCCAAGUGCGAGUUCUGCAAGGUCUGAUUCCCCGCAAGGAUCGAUCGCGCCCACAGUGGGUUCGUAUGCGCAUGCAGGCGAACCUUCAGACUUCAAGCAUGCAAUUGACUCUACACAAUGUGGUAGACGAAGGCUCCCCCCAGUCGGCAGAAGAGGAGCUGGGAAGCGGUGUUGUGACUUGCGGCGACGUCCAAGACUGGCAGGAUGAAUGGGCCGACUAUGCCCACUUGCUAACCAGCCGAAUCGAUGCGUUGCAUCAGAUGGCGGAUCGCGGGCAAGCGAGCCGGAUAUCGCGUGAUCUUGUGUACACGCUCUUCCAGAAUAUAGUCGAAUAUGCGGAGCACUACCGCGCCAUUCAAUCCGUCGUGCUGCAUGGUCUCGAGGCUGUCGCCGACGUGAUUCUUGCCCCGAGCAAGGAUGGCCGCUGGACCGCGCCUCCUCACCACAUUGACCCCAUCGCCCAUGUCGGCGGUCUCGUGCUCAACGCCGGCCAUGCCACCGAUCACCACAAGACAAUCUAUGUCAUGGAGGGAUGGAAGUCCAUGAGAUUCUCCGAAGAGCUGAUCCCAGGAGAGCUUUACCGGUCCUACGUCAAGAUGAACCCGGCUCGUGGUAGCUCGGGCUUCUUCUUUGGCGACGUGUACGUGCUGCGCGGAGAUCGUGUAGUGGGCAAGAUCCGCGAGAUGACACUGCGUCCGCUGCCUCGGAUACUGAUGAGUCGAUUCUUCGAUCCCCCAGAUGGCGGUGAUGGGCCACUGCCUCAUCAAAGCCCGUCUCGAGACCUUCCCAAGCUGCAAAUUCAACCUAGCUCCACUUCAGACUCAUCAUCCGGGUCCAUGCAAAAGGACUCGGAUGAUGACCCUCCGACCCCGAAGGUCGACUUGCCCGUCCUCCCUUCGGAGAAGAAGGCCAACUCGCAGCUCGUCUGCAAAGCCAUGGCUCUCAUCGUGGCGGAAACGGGGGUGGAAGCGGACAGUCUGACGGAUGACACAGAGUUCUCUGCCAUUGGCAUCGAUUCACUCCUGUCCCUGGUCCUGGUGGAGAAGUUCGCUAUCGACCUGCAGGUUGAUAUCCAGAGUUCUUUCUUUCUGGAGUCUCCCACAAUCGGGGAGCUCAAGGCGUAUCUCACUGCAUCUUACUAG